AUGUCGAGUACCCGGAGUACAAGGUCCGGCUCAUACCGGGCAAUGAGUCUGACAGAGGUCGAAUUGCUCUACGCCAAAUCCAAAGUGUAUCUUCAUCCUACAACUUCCAAAAAAGACAACAUUCCUGGGUUUUUGACACUUUCUCGUCCAGCAAAUGGUACAAAUUUGGAUGUUUUGUUGCUGUUUACUCCCGAAAAUCAACUAUCGGCGGAAGAGAGAUCAAUUUACGAAAACGUGGACGUAGAAGACAUCGACUUGGAUUUGCAAGCACUCAACUCCAUUGGAUUUGCUGCAUUCUCAGCAGAGGCAUCAAGUGCUGCAAAGACUGCGGUGACACGUAUCAUUCCCAGGCCGUCAUCGUCGCUGUUGAGUGGAUAUUCUUUUUCUGCGGCUCUUUCGUUCAUCUAUUCGAUCCAAGUAAGGAACCCUUCGGCCGGAUACUGGUAUGGAUCGCUAGUCAUCAACACACAGGAUGGCGAGAAGUUUCCAAUAGUGUUUUUCCACGAUGACGAGUCACCUUCUUCUAAUUCUAGUCAGAGAUUGAAGAACCGUAGAUUCGAUCCGUUCGACGAAAACGGCCAGCUAUAUUGGGGUGGUAAGCAUUUUAUGAUGAUUUUAGAAAAGUUCGUCAAUGUCCAAAAGUCUACCGUUGCUUCAUCAGUGUAUUUGAUCAAUCCAGAACUGAACGAUUUGCGGAAUUUUGCUCCUUUCAAAGUGAAAGAUGUUCCUGAGCCAAACAAAAAGCUGAUCGAACCGUUCAAGUUGCCUGACCUUACCAACGUGAAUAAAUUUAUCGCCACGGCCAAAUGGAAGGUAUUAGAGACUGUUGCCACUAUCACGGCUAGAACCAAGUCACAAGUCAUGGAUAUCAUUGAAGACAAUGCUCCAUUAUCUGUGAAGCAGAUCAUGAACAAACCAGAAGUGCAAAAGAUUGGUGAUGAAUUCGAUCUGGCGCGGGUUUAUUUGGCCAAAUGGGCUCAACAGGUGAAGGAGGAAGCGGAAGAGUCCCAGCGUAAGAAUUUGCUUAACAACGACAUUUAUAACAAGAUCAACAAUGAGUUGGGAUCCAACGAACUAUUGACCGAUGAGGAAAUCAGCCAAACAUCAAGAAGAAAAGAGAUCAACCAACAGGAGUGGGAGUCAUUUUUUGACUAUAGCGGUCGUCUUUGUUUGACUGCUGAUGAAGUCAAGUCAAGAAUAUUCCAUGGAGGUUUGGAAGAUUCUGUUAGAAAGGAAGCGUGGUUGUUUUUGUUGGGCAUCUACCCGUGGGAUUCUUCAACAGAAGAACGAAUUUUGUUGAGAAAGUCAUAUGAAACAGCUUAUGAAGAAUUGAAAUUGAGAUGGAUAGAGGAUGAUGACAAGAGAGCGACAGAAUUUUGGAAGGAUCAGAAGCAUAGAAUCGAGAAGGAUGUCAACCGUACGGACCGUCAGUUGCCCAUUUUCCAGAAUCCCAAGAAGUCGACUUCUAAUGCAGAAAGUGGAGAUAAUGCUACGAGGGAAUCCAGUCCUGAGACUCCAGAUGAAGAAGAAUUGGAUGACGAGUUCGAUAUAUCUAACAUCAGAAACCCUCAUUUGUACAUCAUGAGAGAGAUAUUGUUGACUUACAACGAGCACAAUCUCAAUUUGGGCUAUGUUCAAGGAAUGACGGACUUGUUGUCUCCCUUGUACGUGACUUUCCAGGACGAAUCGUUGACAUUUUGGGCCUUUACCAAGUUCAUGCAAAGAAUGGAAAGAAACUUUGUAAGGGAUCAAUCGGGCAUGAAGUUGCAAAUGAGCACAUUGAACAAGUUGUUGCAGUUUAUGUUGCCAGAGCUCUACAAGCAUUUGGACAAAUGCAAUUCUAUUGACUUGUUUUUCUUCUUUAGGAUGUUGCUCGUGUUAUUUAAGCGUGAGUUGGAGUGGCCACAGGUGUUGCGGCUAUGGGAAAUCUUGUGGACUGACUGCUACUCGAGUCAGUUUCAUCUUUUCUUUGCAUUGGCGAUUUUGAGUGACAACGAAAGAAUCAUCAUGCAGAACUUGAAGCAGUUCGACGAGGUGUUGAAGUACAUGAACGAUUUGCUGAUGACGUUGCAUUUGGAUCCAUUGUUGAUUAGAAGCGAGCUUUUGUUCUUGAAGUUCAAGAGAAUGAUCGACAUCAUCGACCGUGAAAACAGCAUCAAGAAAUUGAACUCGGAUGUGUACAUGCGGAGAUCUAGCAGUGCCAGUAACAGCUCUGUGAAGAGCAAUGAAAUGAUUGAAGUGAGCGAUGAUUUGAGACAACUUCUCAGUAGAGAAUUGGUUAUUCAGAAGGAAGUUCCACGUCCCGAGGGAGUCGGUGGAGGGUGAAUUUGGUUUUGAAUUUGGUUACAUUGGGGUGGUUUGUUUAUGGAAUUUUGUAUACAAUGGAUAGGAUCAAUUUGAGUAUUACAGCAAGG